AUGGGGACUAUGGCGGGGGCCAUCGAUCUCUCCUUCUCCUCCUCCGCCGCCCUUGAAAUCUUCCGCCUCGAGUUCGCAUCCACCACCGCAUCCGCCGACAAUCCCGCCGCAUCUGCCGCCUCCUCCGGUGCUGGUGUCAGCCCGGCCGGAACCUUCGGAAACGCUGCUGACGUGUCACCGGACGAUUUUUUCGGCGGGCUGGGCAGCCCUGACCAAUCCGGAGGCAAGGCGGCUGGCGGAGUGCCGGGAAGCGCGGGAGCGGGGGGCGGGCGAUCGGAUCUGCCGUCGCUGGGGGCGGCGACGGCGAGCGAUCGGUUCAAUCGGCUGUCGUGGGGAUCGUGCGGCGUGGAGCAGUCGGAGGCGUUCAGCCACGGCAUCAUCGCGGGCGGCCUGAUCGAUGGCACCGUCGCUCUCUGGAACCCCGCGCGCAUCAUUAGCGGCAAGACGGGCGAGGGAGAGGGAGCUCUCGUCGCCAAGAUGUCCAAACACAAGGGCGCGGUGCGAGGGUUGGAGUUCAAUCCAGCAGCGCCCAACCUGCUGGCGUCAGGCGCGGAGGAUGGCGAGCUGUGCAUCUGGGACCUCGCCAACCCCUCCGCGCCCUCGCUCUACCCCUCGCUCAAGGGAGCGGGGGGAGGCCCACAGGGGGAGAUAUCGUGUCUGGCGUGGAACCGCAAGGUGCAGCACAUAGUUGCCACCACCUCUUACAGCGGCCUCUCCGUCGUGUGGGAUCUCCGCAAGCAAAAGCAGGUCAUCAGUUUUGCGGAUCCAGUGAGCAGGAGGCGGUGCUCGUGUCUGCAGUGGAACCCCGAGAUCGCCACGCAGCUCAUCGUUGCCUCCGAUGACGACCGCUCGCCCUCCCUCCAGGUGUGGGAUCUGCGCAACGCCAUGUCGCCAGUCAAGGAGCUCACCUCGCACACCAAAGGAGUGUUGGCAAUGGCGUGGUGUCCCAGUGACAGCGGGCUGCUGCUCUCAUGCGCCAAGGACAAUCGCACCCUCUGCUGGGACACGUCCGUGGGGGAGGUCCUAUGCGAGCUACCAGCGGGCACCAACUGGAACUUCGACCUGCAGUGGUCGCCACGCGUGCCGGGGCUGCUCUCCGCCUCCUGCUUCGACGGCCACGUGUCCCUCUACAACAUCGAGUCGGCCAGCAGCAAGGAGUCGGACUUUGGGGCGUCGCUCGCAAACAGAACGCCCAUGGCCACAUCCCGUGCGCCCAAGUGGUUGAAGCGGCCGUGUGGAGCAACCUUUGGCUUUGGCGGGCGGCUGCUGUGCUUCGGAAGCAAGGCGGGGCAGGCGGGGGCGCAGGUGGCGGUGCACAGCGUGGUGACGGAGGAGGGCGUGGUGGCCCGUGCUGACGAGUUUGAAGCGGCUGUGGCGGGCGGCGACAGGGAGAAUCUGAAGGCCUUCUGCCAACACAAGGCGCAGCUCGCCUCGUGGGGGCGCAUGAGUGGGCGCAGGGGGGGGGCGCAGGUGGCAGGGCAGGUGGCGGUGCACAGGGUGGUGACGGAGGAGGGCAUGGUGGCCCGCGCUGACGAGUUUGAGGCCGCCGUGGCGGGCGGUGACAGGGAGAAUCUCAAAGCCUUCUGCCAACACAAGGCGCAGCUCGCCUCUGCCCCGAAGGACAGGGAGACAUGGGACUUCUUGACAGUCCUCUUUGAAGACGAUGCACGCCGCAAGCUGCUGGCACACCUCGACUUCCGAGGUGACUUUGAGUGGAAUCAAAAGGCAACAAGGCGUGAGUCUCAAACACUCCGUUUCCCUCUCUCUCUGCUCUUUACCACGACUCUCUCUCCUCCCCCCAGUGCACCGGAGGACAGGGAGACGUGGGACUUCCUCACGGUCCUCUUUGAAGACGAUGCACGCCGCAAGCUGCUCGCGCACCUCGACUUCCCCCCCAUCCACAUCCCCCACCCCACCCUGCCCCCCGCCGAAGACCCCGCCGCUGCUGCCGCCGCUGCUGAAGCCGAAGCAGCUGCAGCAGCAGAGGCCGCGGCGGGAGAGGCAGGAGCAGAGGCAGCGGCAGCAGGAAUGGGAGGUCUGUCUCUUGACGGUGCUGCUGCUGCUGCUGGUGGUGGUGCGGAGGGAGGGGGGGUUGUGGGAGGGGUAGGGCUGGAUGGAAUUCCGUCCGCCACUGGCGACGUUGACUUCUUUGACAAUCUCGCUGGAAGCACCACUCCUAACGCUGCUGCCGCCGCCGCUGCAGCCGCAACAGGGGAAGCAGAAGGAGAAGCUCCGGGGGAGAACGGGGAGAUCACCGGGGAAGCAGCAGGGGAGGGCGACGCGGACGAGGAGGAGGAGGAAGAGGAGGAGGACGGAGGGGAGGAGGAGGAGGGAGCGGGGGAGUGGGAGGGCGAGGUGCAGCGGGCGUUGGUGGUGGGGAACUAUGAGGCGGCGGUGGAGAGGUGUCUGGCGGCGGGCAGGGUGGCGGAUGCACUGGUGCUGGCGGCAGUAGCGGGGUUCAAUUCCGACCUCUGGGCGCGCACCCAGCGCUGGUACCUCCGCCGCAACCGCCGCCGCUCCUUCCUCAAGGUGCGUGUGUGGGCUGCUGGGGUAAGCGCGGUGGAGAGGUGUCUAGCGGCGGGCAGGGUGGCGGAUGCGCUGGUGCUGGCGGCGGUGGCGGGGUUUAACUCCGACCUCUGGGCGCGGACGCAGCGCUGGUACCUGCGCCGCAACCGCCGCCGCUUUUUUCUCAAGGUGGGUGGGCUGGCUUCUGUGGGUUCCCUGUGUGCUCCGAGAGGUUGCCAUGUGGUCUGUGUGGACCUCUGGGCGCGCACCCAGCGCUGGUACCUCCACCGCAACCGCCGCCGCUCUUUUCUCAAGUCCCUCCCCAACUUCCCUUUGCUCACCCACUUUUCUCCUCCCCUCCACACACCUGAGCCUCCACAUGCCCAUCCCUGGCGGGAAUCUCUCUCGGCGCGCAGCUGCUGGGCGCAGUGGUGGCGAGUGACAUCAGAGGGCUCGUGGCGUCACAGCCCUAAUCCCUCCUUCCUAUUCGUUAACCCUCCAUCUCUCUUUUCCCCCCCCUCCCCCCUUCCAUCACUUCCCUUCUCACUCGGCCAACAGCUGCUGGGAGCGGUGGUGGCGAGUGACAUCAGAGGGCUCGUGGCAUCACAGCCGCUCCCCGACUGGCGGGAAACACUCGCCAUGCUCUGCACUGUAAGCCCCUUUUACCCUUCUUGCUUCUUGAUUCUUGACCUUCAUAGUGCUCUUUCAUUUACCGACUACUUGGCUCGCAGCGGAUGUCUCUCCAGUUAUCCCCUUCUCAUUCACCCACUCUCCUCGUUCCCCCUCCCCUGCCAGUACGCGCCGAGCCACGAGUGGUCGGUGUUGUGUGACGAGCUGGCAGCACGGCUGGAAGCGGCGGGGCAGUGGCAGGCGGCGACGCUGUGCUUCAUGUGUGCGGGCUCCAUCGACCGUGUGGUCGACAUCUGGGCCUCCCGCCUGCAGCCCUCCCAGGGGUCCCCGCCCCUGCCGCACCUGCAAGAUCUUAUUGAGAAGGCAGUGGUGCUGGGCCUGGCUACAGGACAAAGCAGAGUUGGCGGCAGGUGGGCGGCAUCGCUCGUCUCAGAGUACGCGACUGUGCUGGCAGCGCAGGGCCGGGCGGCGGCGGCACAGCAUCUGUUGUCUCUUCUGCCGCCGUGGGAGGAGAGUGUGAAUGACCCGAGUGUGGCCGAGGCGGCCACGGCUGCCGCUGCCUUGAAGGAGCGAAUCUACCGCAGCGGACUCGUUGCCGUGGACCCUUCACAGCCGGCCCCUCCCUUCCCCUUCACGCCCGUCGAUGUGCCUGUUGGCUCCUCUUCCUCCGCCACCACCGCUGCUGCUAACGCUGCUGCCAAGUCGUAUGCCGCACAGCAAUCAGCAUAUGCUGCUGCUCCUGCUCAGCCUUCCUACUACCAGUCACCGGCACCUGCCCAGGCUGCCCCACAGCAGCCACAGCAGCAGGUCGCACACACCCCACCUCGCCAGCAGCAGCAGCAGCAGCAACGGCAUCCGCAAAGCUCCUAUGCCUCCACGUACCAACCCCAGCCCGUCGCUCCUCCUGCUCAGUCCUAUGCACAGCAGCAGCAGCAGCAGCAACAGCAACAGCAACAGCAGCAGCAGCAGCAGCAGUAUCAACAGCAGCAGCAGCAGCAGCAGCAGGUGCAGCAGCAGCAGUAUCAACAGCAGCAGCAGCAGCAGCAGCAGCAGCAGCAGCAGCAGCAGCAGCAGCAGCAGCAAGGAGCAAGGCCACACAUGUUCAUGCCCACUGCACCGCCCCCGGGUGUGACCAUGCCCCAGCACCCCCCACCCAUGCAACCCAUGGCAGCAGGGCACGCAGCAGCAGGCGCACAGCCGUCCUUCAUGCCUGUUGCCCCCCCUCCUGUGGCCGCCCCCCCUCCAUCCGCGCAUCACAUGCCCUCUGGCCCUCCACCGGGGAUGAUGAUGCCCACGCAGCCGCCACCAGCAGCACGGGCAGCACAGGGCCCUCGUCCCGUGGCCUUCACCCCUGUGGCUCCCCCUCCCACGCACCGCAUGCCCACCGGUCCCCCUCCCGGCAUGGGCCCCACCGCUCCUCCCCCCGGGGUCUUCCCCCCUGGCGCGCCCCCCCCUGGGGUGCUUCCCCCCGGAGUCCCCCCCCCUGGCGCUGCCCCCAUGAUGCGCCCCACUGGUCCUCCUCCCGGCGUGCGCCCACCUGGUGCUGCUGCGGGUGCGCCUGGGGCUGCUGCUCCUGCAGCUGCGCCCGCCCCCGCUGCUCCCGAGGCUGCGCCGCCCGCUCCGCCGCCCACGGUGCAAACAGCCGACACCUCCAACGUGGCCCCUGAGCUGCGCCCGGUGGCGGGCACGCUGGGGAGGGUGUUCAAGGAGGCGGCAGCGGCGGUGGCGGCGCAGGGCAAUGCGGGGAAGAGGAGGGAGAUGGACGCCAACAGCAGGAAGCUCGGGCUGCUGCUGCAGCGCCUGAACCAGCGCGAUGUGUCGCCCUCUGUUGCCGCCAAGCUGGGGCCACUCUGUGCUGCGCUGGACGCUGGGGACUAUGCCACUGCUCUGCAUAUUCAGCGCGAUGUGUCGCCCUCCGUGGCCGGCAAGCUGCUGCCCCUCUGUGCUGCGCUGGACGCUGGGGACUAUGCCACUGCUCUGCACAUCCAGGUGGGUGGAGAGCGGUGCAGGAAGCUCGGGCUGCUGCUGCAGCGCCUGAACCAGCGCGAUGUGUCGCCCUCUGUUGCUGGCAAGCUGCUGCCACUCUGUGCUGCACUGGACGCCGGGGACUAUGCCACUGCUCUGCACAUCCAGGUGGGUGGAGAUGCCACUGCUCUGCACAUCCAGGUGGGUGGAGAGCGGUGGUAA